AUGGACGCGGUCCUUACGGUUAGAGGGACUUUGGUCCUAGGCGUCAUUGUUGUAGCUUUGUUCGCGACAUUCAAUUUUCUUCGACCUAAACCGCUCCCCGGCAUUCCAUAUAAUCGCGAUGCGGCUGCAAAACUAUUUGGUGAUGUCCCGGAGAUGAUGGGAUAUGUCAUGCGUACCAAGCGCAUCUUUUGUUGGCUCACAUCGCUCACAACACGCCACCAGAGCCCGAUUGUGCAGGCCUUCAUCAAGCCCGGCGGGCUCCCCUGGGUGAUCGUGACGGACCCCUUUGAAAGUCAGGAUAUCCUGCUGCGCCGGGGCAAGGAGUUUGACCGUAGCGAGUUCUUUGAGGAGCUCAUUGGCGGGAUCCUGCCAGAGCAGCAUAUCCAGUUCAUCUCCACCGACGCGCGGUUCAAGAAUAGCCGCAACCUCAUCAACCACUUGAUGGCACCCACCUUUAUCAGCGAGAUCAGCGCGCCCGAUGUGUACAAAUCAGUGAAUACACUGCUCAAGUUGUGGCACCUCAAGAGCAAGCUGGCAAAUGGUCAUCCCUUCUCGGCUCAUCACGACAUAACCUUUGAGGCACUCGACUCCAUCUUUGCCUCUUCUUUUGGUCUGGAAGAGUCUGAGAGCAACACCAUACAACGUAUCCAGGCCUUGGAGAGAUGGAAGCCUAGGAUCCCAGAUCACGUAGAUGAGCCGGUGGGAUUUCCAGAAGGAAGUGUUCCAGAAAUCUUCUCUGCCAUUCUCACGCUGUCAAACUCGUUUCCUUACAUGAGGAAAGCCGAAGCCGUCAAAGAUCAAUACAUUCGAAACAAUGUAGAUGAGUAUGUGCAGCUCAUCAGCGAGGGUGACACCAAACCCAAGAGCGCGUUGCACUCGGUCCUGCUGCGCGAGCGCGACGUGGCGGCCAAGGAGGGCCGCGAGCCCGAGUACCGCAAGCGGGCGAUUGCCGACGAGUUCUUUGGCUUCAUGAUGGCGGGGCACGACACGACGGCGACGGCCAUGGCCUGGGGGAUCAAGCUCAUGACGGACCACCCGGCCGCCCAGGCGCGCCUCCGCGACGAGCUCCGCGCUGCCCUGCCCCUGGCGGCGCGGGAGCAGCGCCGCCCGACCUAUGCCGAGAUCACCAAGGCGCCGGUUCCUUACCUCGAUGCCGUGGUGGACGAGGUGCUGCGCCAUGCCAAUACUAUUGCCUUUGUCGUGCGCCAGGCCCAGCAGGACAGCACCGUGCUGGGUCGCCACAUUCCCAGGGGCACCAAUGUCUUUCUCAUGGCCAACGGGCCGGGGUACCUGGAGCCCAACAUGCCCGUCCAGGACGACAUGCGCAGCCCUGGGGCUCGGCGGACAAUGACAAAGUCUUCUCUCACGGGAGCCUGGGACGAUGAGAGCAUCAGUGCGUUUCGUCCCGAGCGCUGGCUCCAGAGGGAGCCCGACACGGGCGCCGAAGUGUACAACUCUCAGGCCGGUCCCAGCUUGGCCUUUGGCCUGGGGCUGCGCGGUUGCUUUGGCAAGAGGCUUGCGCUACAGGCCCUCAGAAUUCACUUUGGUCUGAUUUUCUGGGAAUUUGAGCUGCUGUCGACGCCAGGGGCAUUGGGCGGAUACGAGGCCGUGCAGAGGUUUGCGAGGGAGCCCACGCAGUGCUACGUUCGCUUGAAGGCAGUUAGCUUGUAG